AUGUUGCGUGGUUCACUCUCAACACCAACAACUCAAACUCUUAAAGCAGCAGCAACAACAAGAACAACAACAAUUACAAUGCUUUGGUCAUCUCGUAGAUUAUCAUCAACACAUUUUUGUCUUUUUAAGAAUCUUAUAGCAGGUAAUACAAGAUUUUCCUCAAAUGAGAGUUGUUUUCUCAGAGGUCGCCAAAUUAAUAUCAAACAAGUUUUUGGGCUUAUCUCUCGUCGACCUCCAAGAAAUAAAGCAGGAUUUGUUGUUUCUCCAAGAUGUGUCCUGCCACUGACAGAAGAGAAUGUGGAAAGGGUUUUGGAUGAGGUGAGGCCUGGCUUGAUGGCUGAUGGAGGGAAUGUGGCCUUACAUGAGAUAGAUGGUCUUGUUGUUAUCCUCAAACUACAAGGAGCAUGUGGAUCAUGUCCUAGCUCAACAAUGACAUUAAAGAUGGGGAUUGAAACUCGCCUUCGCGAUAAGAUUCCAGAAAUCUUAGAAGUUGAGCAAAUACUUGAUACUGAGACCGGUCUUGAGUUAACCGAAGAAAAUGUUGAAAGUAUUCUUUCGGAAAUUAGACCAUAUCUUAUUGGCACUGGAGGAGGAACAUUAGAGCUUGUUGAGAUCAGUGAUUAUACUGUUAAAGUUCGGUUAAGUGGACCGGCAGCAGGAGUCAUGACCGUUCGCGUUGCCUUGACGCAGAAGCUGAGAGAUAAGAUACCUUCUAUUGCAGCUGUGCAGCUAAUAGAAUGA